AUGCCGCCUCUUUUCCAAUACUUGCUCUUCGAAUGCUUACCCUUCGAUAUUCACUAUCAAAUCGCCUCUUACCUGGACUACGUGGACAUUCUCAAACUUUCAUCUGUCAACUCCAUUUUCCGCGACUAUCUCAACACUUGCGCACUUGUGCCCAAACGACGGUGGAUUCAAUUCCUCUACGAAACAGAGCGCCACAGCUCUCGUAACGGCGUUCGCGGGUUCGGAAGGCAAUGGCCAUGCUACGGAUGCGGCCGCGUCCUGGACAAGAAGUGUUUCGGCGACAGAAUGAGAAGAUACGAAAAGUCGUGGUUCCGGAAGUCGAUGACUUUGAGGCGGUGCUGGGACUGCGCUGCUCGUGAGAGGUGGUAUGGUCACUUGCAGCCGAUUAAGAAGCAAGGGGAGGUUUUUCGUCUUUGCUGGCGAUGUGGGAAGUUAUGGAAUGAGAGGGAGGAGGAGAGGUGCCGGAAGGUGGAUGUUUGGAUCAAGAUUGAUGGGGUUCAUGGGGAGAAGGACACGGGGCGGAAGUGCAAGGCGACGGUGUGCGGUGCUCAGAUGGGAUCUCAAAAAGAGCGUAUCUCGAUACCGUGGUUCGGAGGCGAAGAAGAUUUUACGCCUGAAGACUAG